CUUCUUCUCUCUGGCUUGCGUUGCUGCUGUGCUGCUGUUGAGCUCUGUUCCUGUUCUGUUGUGGGUGCUGAUCGCUCCCCCUCCUCCUUCCUUCCUUCCUUCUUUCGCAUCAUCAUCGCUCAGUCCGCCCCUCACCCCCACCCCCAUUCUACCAUUCUCUUCUCUUCUGGUCUCUCUCUCCUCUCCUGUCUCUCUCCCCCUUUUCUGUGUUCAGCCUUCUUUGUCUACUGCUGCUGCUCCCUUCGGUGGUCGACCUUUGAUAUGUAGCUGUCUGUCUGUUAGUUAGUUAGUGUUGGGUUGGGUUGGGUGCCUGUUUUGGGUUUGGGUAUUCCCUGAGAUGUGCGUGAGUGAUUGAGAGAGAAGGAGCAGCUUGGAAGAAUUUUGUAUGUUUCGAGGUCAUUAGAAGCGAGUUGAGUUUAUUUUGUUUCGAUUUUGGUUUUGGUUUUGGUUUUUUUUGUUUUUGGGGUUCUGGGAUUGUGAGGUAAGGAAUUAGGUCAAGUGUGAGAGCGGUGGCAGACGAGGGGGGAGGAUUAGUUGGGAAGAGUCUCUCUUUUUUUUCUUUUUUUUUUUUUUUUUUGCCCGUUUUGGUGUGGUUUGGUGGUAAGACUACGGUUUUUGCAUCCGAACGUGGAACUGGAGGAGGUGGGAAGAAAGCGGAAUGUCGUGGUCAGGACCUGACAACUUUCCUGCUACUUCUCUCGCAGACAAUCUCGACAAGAAGCUAUUGGUGAUAUUGCGGGAUGGAAGGAAACUAAUUGGUGUGCUCCGAUCUUUUGAUCAAUUUGCAAAUGUAGUGUUGGAGGGAGCACUUGAAAGGAUAACGGUUGGAGAGCUGUAUUGCGAUCUUCCUUUAGGCCUGUAUAUUAUCCGUGGAGAAAAUGUUGUUCUCAUUGGUGAACUGGAUUUGGAGAGGGAGGAGUUGCCAUCCUUUAUGGUGCGGGUCACUCCCACCGAAAUUAAACAAGCACAGAAAGCUGAGAAAGAUGCAACAGAGUUGAAGGGUACGAUGAGGAAGCGCAUGGAAUUUCUGGAUAUUGAUUGAACUGUGAACUGAUUGAGGAGUCGGCAGGCCCUAGUUCUCCACCUGUACGAAUGCGUACCAAUUUAUGCAACCUCACACAGCAAACGAAGGGGGAGCACGCUCCGCCAGUGUGGCGAGUUUAAAGUGUCACGGUGGCCCGCACAUUUUAUCGCGGAUCUGCGUUCCUAGUGGUGGUAUUCACCACAAAAUUACCCUCUAGGGUGCCCCCAGUUUUUCUAAUUUUCCUGUUCUUUUCUUGAAGUUAUGGAGGGCUCAAUGUAAUCCAUGCUCUUUGUCAUACUUUUUCUGCGUACUUUCAGUGAAAUGUCUUUCGUAUCAGAGUUCCAUACUUUUUCCGUAUGUGUCCGUACUGGUUUCUUCCAA